CAAUCUGUCGAGGAUCUGAAACCGUUAUUAUCGAUGAUUCACGCUCCAUUGUGCAUGUCUUGAUUUUUAAACGGUGUGGUAGUGAAUGAUUACUCAAUGUAGCAACACAAAGUGCAAGUGUUUGGGACAGAGUAGAUUUUGUUCUGUAACCUUUCUAUAAGAUGUCCGUUUUAGUUCGGUCUGUGGUGCGUUGUGUAACAUUCCGCCGGGUCUCAGAGCGAAUCCGACAUUAUGGUGGUUCUUUGCAUGCAGCGGAUCAGGUCAGUUUUUACCACCAGAGCAGCAGCUCGGUGAAUCGGGGCUCCGCGCGCUGGCACACGGUGGAUCUGCGCAGUGACACGGUGACUGAGCCUGGAGAAGCCAUGCGCAAUGCCAUGGCACAGGCCAGGGUCGGUGAUGAUGUGUUCGGUGAAGACCCCACCGUUAAUGAACUGCAGAAAGUGGCAGCUGAUAUGUUUUGCAUGGAAGCAGCUUUGUUUGUACCCACAGGAACCAUGGGCAAUUUGAUUGCUGUCAUGGUGCACUGCAGAGAGAGGGGGGAUGAGAUGAUACUGGGAGAUCUCUCUCAUCUGCACAUCUAUGAGCAGGGAGGGAGUGCACAGCUUGCUGGUGUACACUCCAGGACACUCACGAAUCUAGCUGAUGGAACGUUUGACCUGGAGCAGCUGGAAUCAAAGAUCCGCCAUGGCUACCCCGAUGCACACUAUCCCCGCUCACGGCUGGUUUGUGUAGAAAACACACACAAUAUCAUGGGUGGACGUGUUCUCCCUGUCUCCUUCCUACAGCAGGUGCGCUCUGUAGCAGAUAAGUACGGACUUGCUGUACAUAUGGAUGGUGCUAGGUUGAUGAAUGCAGCAGUGGCACUGGGUGUGCAUCCCUCUGUCAUACUCAAACACUGCCACACGGUCAGUGUGUGUCUAUCUAAGGGUUUAGGAGCACCUGCUGGAACCAUGCUUGCUGGGUCUAUAGAGUUCAUCCAGAGAGCACUGCGUGCUCGUAAAGCGCUGGGAGGUGGAAUGCGUCAGUCAGGCAUUUUAGCUGCAGCUGGAAAGAUCGCCCUUGUGGACAUGAUAGCUAGACUGGAGGAGGACCACAGAAAUGCCAGAACCUUUGCCAAAGCUCUUACCCAGUGUGAUCCUCCUUUUUACCAUGUGGACAUGUCUUCUGUUGAAACAAACAUAGUACGCUUCGCUUUGCGAGUUCCUGGGUUGAGUCCAACACGUUUCUGUGAGCUGAUGGAGGAGGUGAGCGAGGAGGAGAUUGCCGCUCUGAACCAGGGAGUACGAGUGCUCAUGUUCCCUCAUGUCGGGGGUACAGUGAGAGCUGUGUGGCACCUCAACGUCAGUGAGCAGGACACCCAGCUAGCUAUAAAGAAAGCCCAGUUUGUGGCCCAAAAGUUUGGGUUGAAAUCAGCAAGAAACAGAUGAAAGCAAGUGCAAAAUCAUCAAUCAUCAUCAAUGUCUACUUUAAUCAUAAAGUGUUGCAAGACAUUUUUAACCAAA